CGAGUAUACUUUGUAUGUACGUAUGCUAGGCGUGUCGCGCGGUGAGUAAUGUCAAUCAACUUCUUUACCGAAAACGGUGGCUAUUGCAAGCGCCCUAGUUUCCAUAUAUGGUGGUAUUUUAAAGCGAUUCUGGUGGCGGGUUCGAACUGAUGGCCUCGCAUAAGCACAGUGACUUGCCAUACGUCUUUCUUGCAACAUGUUUGUGUACGAACCACCUACCAAGCUCAAGCUGACAUCUGUCGAAGAGUUCCAGGAGGCAUUCCAGUUAUUUGACUCCCGUGGGGAUGGCAAGAUCCAUGUGGCACAAAUUGGGGAUGCACUGAGGGCCCUUGGACAGAAUCCUACUGAAUCUGAUGUUAAGAAAUGCACUCUCCACCUUAAACCUGAUGAGAGAAUAUCCUUUGAAGUUUUCUUGCCUAUCUAUCAGGCCAUCACUAAAGCCCGCAGUGCAGAUACAGCUAAUGACUUCAUUGAAGGCCUACGUCACUUUGACAAGGAUGGAAAUGGCUUUAUAUCCUCUGCUGAGCUGCGCCACCUGCUGUCCACACUCGGAGAAAAGCUUAGUGAUGAUGAGGUGGAACAAUUAUUGCAAGGGCAGGAGGACUCCCAGGGCAACAUCAACUACGAGAACUUUGUGCAUUUGAUCAUGCAGGGAUGAGCGUGCAACCCCUUCAAACAUCCACGCACCCCUCGUCACAUCCGAGAAUGCAUUUAUGUCAACAAGUGACCGUCUAUUUUUAUACAAAUUAAUUUAUAUUGAAAUUUAUAUAAUUUGUUAUUUUAAAUAUGGAAACGUAUAAUUCCCUGCAAUUUCCAUUUCAUAAUAUUCCAAAAUUUAUUAAUAGUACUAAGGAUUUCGUGUAAGUUAUAUAUAUAGUGUAGCUAUACAGGUGUACGACUUUGGUAUUAAUAAACUUAUAAUAUUUUAAGUAUUA